AUUUAUUUCUAAGUGGAUGCCUUGCAAGGCAUGUUGAACGCUCAGCCGGAUUACAUAUUCUUUCUUGUGCAAUUUACAAAAUGUAUGUAAGUUAUAUGAAAUAAAGCUGCCUCAGAAAGCUUUUCUUCAAACAAUGGCCAGUCGUACACAACUGCACUGUACCAUGCGAAAGUUUGUAGAAAUUCAUUAAUUUUGAAGAUUGGCUUGACAUUGGGAGGCAUGGCAUGCCAUGGAUGCUGUCCAACUGUAAUAUUUAUUUUUAUUUUUUUAUUUUUUCAAAGUAUCCCAUUGGCGUCAGUGGAUCUGCUGAUAGCUCAUGAUCAUAGUUGUCCCACGACAUAAGACUAUGUUGAACAUAAGACCAUGAAUUAUCAUUAUCAUGAACUCCAAAAGCUUAGAUGUUGCUCGUGGCACGCAAGGUAACUUUGAAACGUCAGAGCUUUCUGGCUUCUGCUUUCAUGUACAGCUCUGACCAAACUUAAUUAUAAUGCACAAGCGUAUGGCUUUUCUGAAGGAGAGUAACCCUACCGGGAGAGCUGCGAGGGUGUAAGAGGGCCGUUGUCAUUUGACUCGAGGUAGGAAGGGGUAUUCUCGUGAUUUCAGCUGCUAACCUGCUGCUAACGUUGCCGGGCAUAGGGUGUGUUAUCGUUAAGUCGCUGAUAGUGACAACCCUGACAAUUUGUAAAACCUAAGGAAUGUUUUCAUGUUUGGGCGCAUUAUGAUCACGUGGCCGUCAUUCGUUCUACUUACUUUACUCCGUCAUUCAUUUAUUCAUCCCUUGUAAUUCAUUAUCGAACUGGAACGUUAUCGCAAACAGUGACACCGACUGCGAUAACGUUGUCUUGACAUAAACAGUGAUAUCCCCGGAGAGAGUUUCGAAGCGAAUAAUGUGGAAGGCGAAACACUCAGCUGGUGAGAAGCUCGUGUCGUUACCCCACACGAAAUGGGAACGGUCCUCUUUCCCCCUCGUACCUACGGUAGAUUGGCGUCCCUUUAGAAGAGCCAUGCGCUUGCACAUUAUUAAGUUUGUCCAGAGCAAUGUGGUCUUCUGUUUGUUUGGUGUGCCUUUUUUUUUUCUUGUCCAUUUUACAGUUUGCAGAAAUAUCAACGCUAUACAAUCGGUGCAGUCAAAAACUUUAAGAACACUUUGUUUGGCCAGAGAUCGAAUUCGCAAAAUAAAUGAGCAGCAGUCUGUUGCAUUUGGGGUGACAGAAUAAAAGAUUCACCUAAAGGGACGGUCGCCUUCAUACUUGUCCAUUCCAAAACUAUAGCGGCAGUUUAUUCCUCGCUAAUCACUGAUGAUGGUGGAAAUAUGAAGAUGCGUCAGAAUGGAACUGGCAAAUGAGGGAAUGUCCUGGACGGCCCUGAGAAGCUUAAGCAGUGAGUGAGAAUCUCCAACGUCUGCAGAGCGCCUAGUAAGCGAAGCAGACAAGCUCGGAAACAAUGAGCAACGAAGCAAUUGGGCAAGCGAACCGGUGUAAUGAAUGUGAUGGUAACAUUUCCUGGAGUAUAAGACACAAGACACAGAGAGGAAAACUCUUGAAGGAGGAAGCAUCACCCUGAGCAUGAGGUGAACAAAGUAUACGGUAUAGAAGGCUCACGAAAUCCUGUAUACCAUGAGCAUCCUGUAUACUUCGUUCUCCUCGGGCUCAAAGUAAUGCUGACUACUUCAACGUUACACCAGCUCGCUCUUGUACUCUUUCCCUCUUCGAACUCUUCUUCUUCCCUUCCCUUGUUCUACCGUUCUCUUGAUACUCAAGGGAAUGUUACCUACCAGAACUCUUAAGCUCUGCCAGUUGUCUGCACGCUGCUCUCUGAUUGGCCCCUGAAACGUAUCUCGCCAUGAUGCUUUUGCACCUGGAGCUUCUUCAGCUGCAGAGGCAAUGCUAAUUUAUAAAACUUGUUUGAUUUAACAUCUAAGCAGUUUUUGGGAGAGAAAACUAGCCAAAUAGACUCAGACAAUGUCAACCAGGGUGUCUACAAACCUACCAAAAAUUAUAUGACCAACCUGGAAAACAUAUUCUGGGGUACUUUGAAAAAGGGUGUCUACCAACCUACCAAAAUUAUAUGACCAACCUGGAAAACAGUGAAUUGUCAGGGAAUUUGCAAAAAGGCAGCUGAAAUCAGGGAAAAUUGCAGAAAAAUGCCAUCAUGAUGCGCAGUGAAUCACGAGUGCUGAUGAGUGGUUGAGCAGCCACACCGCAGCAAUGUUGCUGUGAGUAGCAGUUCGCCAAUAUGACAUGCUGAGAGGCAGAAAAGUAGGGCUGUCUUACUAAUUUCUCAAUAAAUAAUGUUUUAUUGGGGAUAUGUAUGAAAACGUAGCAGCAGGCACUAAGUUCUCUAUUGUUUUGUUCCGGGAAUUUGCUUGAAAUAGUCAGUGAAAACCUGGAAAAGUCAGGGAAUUUGAAGGGUACAGUUUAGUGGACACCCUGUGUCAACCAUUGUGGCGCUUCUCUCGUACACACAUUUCUGGAGGCGAUUGUCCCUUUAAGACAUUUUUCUUAUUAUUUGUCUGGAAUGCUUCUCUUUUUUUUUCCCCUGCUAGUUGGCAGCACACAUUUGCUUCUUACCACGUCCGGAAUGUCUGCAUGUUUCGAUGACACAUUUCAGAACAAAAAUUUGUUUGCUUCAUAUGAAUAACAGUUUGAUAUUAUGUCUAGAACAUUAUUUCUGUACUCUGAAGUUUAGCUCUAGGUAGAUUUCAAGGCAUUGUCUGUGCAAGCACUUUUUUGUUAAUCCAUUAUUUUGCCCUUCAGUGAUGAAAAACAGCACUUGUAGCACAUUAUAUACUAUAGUCUCGUUUACAUGAACCCGACAGGAGCGGGUCAAGUUGACUAGCGGGCUGAGCCGACCCCGACCCCACACUGUUCACAUGAACUCGCUCCAAUGGGUAGGCUAUCACAGCAGAGCCUAGUGAGUCAAGCCAAGCCCGAACGGGUCAACCUAACCCCUGCUGUCGGGUCGACUAGACGUCAACACAACACAACAGAGUUUAUAUGAGCGAGUCGAACUCGACUCGCAAGGGGCAUGUGUCCAUCUAGGAACUUUCGUGGCUUCCAUAAAUUUCAUCACAGGGCCCCUGCCCCAAAAUAUUUUGAACUCGCAGCAGAAAUUAGCAAGCACGGUGUAGCACCCUUUAGUUUUAAAGAAAAUUGUUUCUGUAGCACCAAAUCGACAAGUACAACAAGUACAUCAUUAAGUACGUCAGCUGCAUUAAAGGAACGGUGCAUGAUAUGACCAAAAUGUUUAAGCCAUCUAAAAAAAUCAACUAGUAAGAACAUUAGGGAUACAAAUCAAGAAUUUUAAUGACUGAAUAGGAUGAAAGCAGUAGGCACUUAGUCAUCAUAAAAGUCCUUAAGCUAUAGCUUUUGUAAUUGCCAUGUGUCAGAGGAGAGCACGGGUCACUCAAAUAGUGAAAAUAGUAGCUUGUGAGCAGUGUCUUCUGGUUAGAUACCUCAGUAGAAGCACAGGUUUCAAGAAAAAUACUUUGAAUGCAUGCCUCGAUAGUUGUGUGGUAUUGACUUGGAGAUGAUGUCUUUUGACUGCUUGUACAGUGCAGUCCAUAAAUAUAGGGACACCUAUGAAAAUGGCAGUAUAGCAUCCCUGUCCCGCUUUCACAUUAUCAAAGUUGUUCUAUUGGAUUCAGCAUUGUUAAAAACCAUAGAAAAGAUUUUUCUCUUUGAUUACAAGCUUGUGUCAUAUAAUUUUUUCAAAAAUUUUUGUAUUUUGAUCUGGUGGAAAAAUUUAGGGGCACUUGGAGAUCUAUAUAAAUGUAUUUUGUAACACACAAGCAAUAAGAAUAUUUCAUCGCUGAAUACUUAGUAGGGCCCCAUUGGCAGUAAUAUUGUCGAUGAGUUGCUGUUGAACACACUCAAUUAGGUUGUGUGUGAUAUCAGCAUUGAUGAACUCCAACGCAUCCCUUGUUGCUUUUUGGAGCUCUUGGUUUGUUUGUGAAAAGUUUGUGAAAAAACAAAUUAUAAAAAAUGUAGAAUCCUAAAGUAUAGUACAAACAGACAGCUUUCCUAUCUAUCUAACCACCAUCAUUCCACCUUCCAUUUAUUUUCCUCUUCCUCUCCUAUAUCCUCGUCUACAUUACUCCCCUAUUUUGCAAUCCAUCCCUCUGUGGAUGAACUCCAUAACGGCAAACCGGAGUGGGGCAAAAACACACAGCACAACACACUGUUUUUGCCCCACUCAGGUUUGCCGUUAUGGAGUUCCUCCACCAGCUUGCCUGUGUGAUUUUACCUGCCUCCAUGGAUGGUAAGGCUUACCCAGUUCCCGUGCCCCAUUUAGGGGCCAUAUCCUGUUACGAGACUGGUAAAGAAUCAAGGCACUUUAAAGGCUGUCGUCUACGUAAGACCCAAUAUCACUGAAGAGAAGGCAUCUAUACAAAGUUAUAAAAUGCUGCCAUUUUCUGCGGUUUUUGGCCAUGCUGAAUCAGAUAACGCAGCUCAGAAAAUGAGAAACCACAAGUGUGAUGUGACACUUUCACUUUGUGAGGUGUCCCCAUAUUUGUGCACUGCACUGUAUGGUGCGUAUAUACUGUAUAUACUGGUUAGUCAUCAGGUGGAAUUGUAUCCUCGAUGUUGUAAAAAGGAACCCGUGAUCAAAAUUUUGCCCGCUUUGCUUAGUUCUUUGAUGGUGCGCCAGAUUUAAAAACUAUGGCUGGCCAAAGGUGGCAGCAGUAGGAAAAGGUGUUGUGUGCUGGUUCUACUUUGGCGGCUUCUUUUCUCGUUUGGGCUGGCCUCUGGCUGCUCAUCCCCACAGGACAACCUUGGGUAUAGACUUCUUAUCAGACAUGGUUGGAAGAAUGGACAAGGCCUUGGCAAGAAUGAACAGGCGCGUGUAGUGUUGGCUUGACCUUGACGUUGAACAACUGAAGAUGGCUCACCGACACAUCCGUAUGUCUUCACUGAUGGGAGGGAGGUGCUCAAGUGGAGAUGGCCGCCUGCUGCAAGUAGUCGCUAUGGGGGAGUCCAGCAUCCAGCCAAGUGCAAGUGGCUUCACUUUAAAGCUGUGUGCUUGAAGGUGAUAACGAUGGCGAUACCUGCUUGGACCACUGCAGCUGGGUGACCAGAACUAUGAAUGGCCUUGCAAUUUCAUUGUGCUCACCAAGGCGCUAGCUGUCCCACGCCUCCAGUGGUGCCAUCUCAUUUUACAACACCUCCAUUCAAGUUCUGGAAGCGCUUGGUGCCGUAGAUCGCUGGAGAAGCUGUCUGUCAUUAAAUGGCCGCAAGGAGCCCCUUCCGAUCAUCAUCAAGGAUGACAUCAUGGGGUUUGGACGAAUGCAGAUGGAGAUGGAUUAUGCUGAAGAGACAACUGAGAAGAGAAGGGUAUUAGAAAUUGAGAAAGAAGAGACUGAAGAGCUGAAGCUUAAGUACAAGGCUGUACAAGAAAAAGAAAAGGUUGUUCAAGAAGCAUUAGCAACACUCAAGGCAAACUUCUAUUGUGACCUCUGUGAUAAGCAGUACAACAAGCACCAGGAAUUUGACAACCAUAUUAACUCGUAUGACCAUGCUCACAAACAGCGACUGAAAGAACUGAAGCAGAGAGAGUUUGGACGUAACGUUCUGUCAAAAGUGAAGCGUGAAGAUAGAAACCGUGAAAAGGAGCAGAAACGUCUGAAAGAACUGGCCCAUCUCCGAGCGCAAGUUGCAUGUUUACGGGGGCCUAUGGAAAUGGGUACAGGGGAAAAGUUCAUCACCGCUGGUCGAUUCCAAGAAAUCAACCAUCCCUCUGCAUCCACAAGUGGCUCAGAUUGUGACACCACCCCAUCACAUGUGGACACGAUGUCCGAGGACUACCCCACUGAGGGUUGCUUGAGCAUUGGCGAACAACCCACGGAGGAAUCAAACAGCGAAACAGACAGUUCCGUCACUGUGUUGCACGACCCGCCUACAUUUUUCUUUGGCGACGUCUGUGAGCCCCCUCCAUUACCAGCUGAGAUCCCACUUCCUCCUCCCCUCCCAGACCCAGGACAAGAACUGUACUCACCGGAAAACCCGACACCAGUGUUGCCAGACCCACCAGAUCCACCACCACUGCCACCACCACCUCCGCCACCUGUUCUCCCACUUGACGAUCCCACCUCUAAGUCAAAGAUGCUGAUAGGAAAGGCUCUUGCAAAGAAACGGCUUGUUGCAUUCUCGCUCUCUUCUAAGGCACCCCUCCAGAAAGCUUUGGAGGAAAGACAGGCGGCGCCAGUCAAGCAACCAAAUCGUGCAUUGUCUUUUAGUUUUGCACGGAAAUCCACCGGAAAGAUAACUCCUCUCACUUCGCUCUUUAAAGAGGAGGAGCAGAGCCCAGAGCACCAGGAUCAGCAGGAAACAAAUGAUGUUGAAGGGGGCCAAUCUGCCCAGGACAAGAAUGCUGAAGGGGGAGACACUGAAGGCAGUGAUGAAAACAAGGAGUUCUAUCACACUGCUCCACCCGAAAAUAUUUCGGUGAAGCCUAAAUUUGAGUUUGUCAAGUUUGUAAAGUGUGACGAGUUUGAGCUCAAACUGCCACCUGAUGCAACAGAAGGCGAUCCUAAAGCACUUGAGAGGGAAAAGAAGACAGAUGAGGCAGACAACAAGGAAGGAGCAAGUAGUGAGGAAAAACCAAAGGAUGACAACAAAAAAUCUGAUUCUAAGAAGGGGUCAGAAUCAAAGAAGACAGAAGUGACAAAAGAGGUACCAAAAGGGAAGAAGGACGAAAAACAGAGCAGCAAAGAGAGGGAGAGGCGAAGUUCUUCACGGACAAGGAGGAGAAGUAGAUCGAGAGAAAGGAGAAAAAGGAGCAGGUCAAAGGAAAGAAGACGGUCAAGGGAGAGGCGAAGUAGGUCAAGGAACAGACGAAGCAGGUCGAGGGAAAGGAGGCGGCUAGGAGAGAGUAGGAGGAGUAGAUCGAGAGAAAGGAAGCAUAGUAGAGAGAGGCGACAGCAGAGAGACACAAGAGAAAGGAAAAGAAGUCAUUCACGAGGAAGGGCUGAGAGGGGUAGGAAUGUGGAGGACAAGAUUAAGGGAGAGAAGACAAUAACAGAAAACUGGGAAAAGACAAAAUUGAUUGACAAGAGAGGAGGAGGGGACAGAGAGAGAAGUAGGAAGGAUGAGGCCCAGAAAACAAAAACUGAUGAAAAGCGUCAGUCAGAAGGUUCACAGUCACGAAGCAGAGAGAAGCAUAAGGAAGAUGGCGCAUUUAAAGACAAGAUGGAUAAACCAAGUAGUGAUGAAAAGAGUAGGAAGAAAGACAAGCGAAGCAAGGAUAAAGAAGAAAGCACCUGUACAAAGACAGACAGUCCUGAGAGAAAGACUCCUCCGAAGCAGCAAUUGGGCAUCAAGGAGUGCCCAGAACCUGACAGCACUGGCUGUUCUGAAAGCCCUUGCGUCGCUGAAUGCUUUUACGAGGAAAGCCCGAUGAAGUGUAGUAAGAAAAGGGCUUUGUCCAAAAUAGAAAAAGAGGAAGAGCCUAUUCUAACUCUAAUGUAUGAGGACAGUCCAUUAGAAGUCUUCCGUGAGACUGAUAAUUUGAGUCCGGAAGCAUUGCCCUCGGUCCUGGAUGUAGAGGUUCCACAUCCUUUGGAUUGUAGCAACGAGGUGUCGGGAGACGAGGGCAUCAGUUCUCAAGACAAGCUUGCGCAGCUUCACUUAUCUGCUGAGAAAAAACAGAAGGGUGGCCCUGAUUCAGAUGCUAAAGAAGUUGAUGGAAGCAGAAAAGAUAAGCCUAAAAUUGAUCCUCUUGUUUCAAAAGAACUGAACACUAUCAGUUCAAAGUCAGCAACAGUAGCAGUUGAUGAUAUGAAGGAAAGAAAAAGAGAGCUAGACACGACAGAGGAAUGUAAGGAUGAAAGUAGACGAAAAAGGAAGAAAUACAGUAAAGAGAAGUCUCCGAAUGUUACAAAUAUUCUAGACGAGCCUUUUUUAGGGAAGAGAGAGCUUGGAGCGCGAGGGGCUCCAAGCAGCACCCAUGAUAAUGCAGAUUUUGGAGGUAGCCCGCCGGGAAAGGUGAAAGAGGUACACAAGACCAAACACCUGUCGCACUCGAAAAAGGAUAAAACUAAGGGAGAACUUCUAACAAACAAGCACCCCUCAAAGUGCCCUUCUGCGAUCAAAGAGGAGUUAAAGUCACUUGUCAAGCAGGGCUUUCUGGCAGAACCUAAUAUUGAUAUAGUGAAGAAAGUUCCACCGCCCUUGACGCUCACAAAGGGGGCUCACGACAAGGGUGUUUAUGAGGAAUCGGAAAAAGUUCAGAAAAGGGAAGAACGGUACAAAAAUCUAACAGAAGAAAGAAAGAAAAUGAAAGAUAAAGCUUUGCACAAGGCCAAGAAAUCUGUGUUGAAGAAGAAGCGUGCCAAGAGUGAGAAAUCUAGCAGUAGCUCUUCCUCAUCAUCUAGUUCUUCGUCAUCAAGCUCUGGGUCAACCAGUGGAAGCAGCUCGUCCAGCAGCAGUUCUGAUGGCUCGAGCAGUUCAGACGAGUCUUCUGACAGUAGCAGCAGCUCGAGUUCAUCUUCAAGCUCUAGCAGUUCAAGUUCGUCAUCAGCUGACAUCCCGAGCAAAUUAAAGAAGAAGCAAAGAAAGUUGAAGUUGAAAACAAAACUGCUCAAGAAAAAGAUGGCACAGAUGGCUAAAAUGCACUCGAAGUUCAAAGGCACAAAAAGGUUGAAGGACCAAGUCACUAAUGUUGAAAUCGUAACUGAAGUCGAAAGCAAAGAGGCACUGAUAUUGCAGCUCAAGAAACAAACAAAUAAAGAUAUGGAACUCCAGUGGGAUGAGGAAAGUAUUGUGCCAUCUACAAAAGACAGAGCCACUGCACCGAGCAGCAGUGAUGCAGCAAGUGGUAAUUGUGCUGUGAAUAAAGUAAAGCAGAAAACAUCAGAGACAAGUAUCCUUCAUAGCGAUUAUGACAAAGGUGCUGCACGGUCACAUCAAGAUUUGUUGGCACGAGAGACACCUAUACAGAAGGUUGGCACAAGAGGCACACUCGAGACACCUACUGAGCCCUGUGUGUCUUCCCAUGACUCGGAUUUUGCUCAAACAAGAGAGCACACAGGUGAACGUGACUCAAAGGAACGAAGAAAACCUCACGACCAAGCCAAGGAAACAAAGAAAGUUGCAUGCCCUCUUCAGGAAGACAGUUGCAGUGGGAAAGACAGUCUGCUCAAAUUUGAAGGUCAAGCAGUGGAUCUGUACGAUGAAGAGCUGUGGGCGGUUCAGCACACUGUAGAAGAUUCGGAGUGUCAACAGAAUAUUGAUGGAAAACCACAGAUCUCAUCUGACUUGAAGGACAGAAAACAAGACAGCACAAAACCGAGUGUGUUAGGAAGUGUACCAGAGCUCCCAGGAGAGGAAGCGAAGGACCAGAAAGCUGAACCCAUUAGUGCAACUAAAAGCAUGAAAGAUGAGACUAACAGACAGUACAAGUCCUCGGAAGAGUCAGAGAACCGUAAGUUGGGUAGAGAAGAGAUAGUUUCCCUGCAAGAUCACCAAAAAGACCCAGAAAGAAAAGACAACGACACAAGAAGCAAACCAGCUAGGCCACCUGGAGGGUCACUUUCCAAAGAGGCGUACAGGCAGCAUAGAUCCUCUGGUGACAGAGACAGCCGUAGGCCAAGUGGAGAAGGGACAAGAGGGCAGAAGGAGAGCCCAAGGUAUGGACACGACAAAAAAGCUCACGAUGUAACAACUACAAUACCAAAAUCAUUGACUGAUUCGAGAGACAGGAAAACAAGUGCAGAGAGUUCGAGCAAAUCCAGGAAAGCAUCCAGCAGCUCUGAAGAAAGUGCAGGAAAAAAUAGGUCACAGAGAACUACAAGUCGCGCUGAAGUUUAUCAGGCAGCUCAAGAAAAGCCUCAGAAACUUUGUCGUGGCCCCAGCGAUUGUGACGUGCUUGAAGAAAAGCAAAAGCCAAGACGAGGCAGUCAUAGUAAGGAUGAUGCUGAAGUGGCUAGCAGGAAGCGAAGUCAGCUGAAGGGUGAUGACACUGCUUCCUCUGACGGGAGGAAAACAAGGGAUCAAAAGGACAUCGUAGAAAAGUCUGGAAAGCACACAGAGAAGCAAAGAACAAGUGGUGGAAAAGGAGACACUUUUGAAAGCUUGCGUCCUUCCACCACAAAGGGGCCGAAAGGAAGGUGGGACAGCCAAGCAAAGAAAGAACAGGAAAAUUCUGUGAAGCAUACAGCCAAAAAGGACAUCCCUGCAGGGAGUGAAUCAACUGCUGUAAAGGCCAGCAGUGACAAAACAACAGACUCUAAGCAGAAUGCUGACAGUGACAAAUGUCAACUGCAGAAACCAUCCCUGAAUGAGAAGUUUGAGAGCCCAAACAUUAUCUCAAAGGUAAACGAAGAUCUGUUGAAAACUCAGAUAAUGACAGCAAAAGUACGAAGAGAUAGCAGUGAAUUCAUUAUCGUAAAGGCAAUUGAUCGCAAAAAGGAAAUCCGUUGGCCUACAUCUAUCAUCAGGUACACCAGCAGCAAGCCGUUCAUUUCUUAUGGAUGCAAUCCAAAAUAUGCACAUACAAAUAUAACAGCACCUAAGAAGGACAUCAUUGCACAGGAACCAAAAAAAGAAUUGCCUGAAGAGAAGCUGGAAGAAGUUGUGGUCAAUGCACAAAAUCUGAAAGACAUGAGUGGGCUACAGGCCCUUCAGUGCCUCUAUGAACAUGCAGAAAGCCCAGAGCAAGAUGAGCCUGAAGAAGUCAAAAAUGAGGACCCAACAGAGAGCAAUGAAAGAAUCCCAUCACCUAGCUUUGGUGACAAUCUUGGAAGCAGCACACCUGAAAGUCCAAAUGUAGACAUGGAAACUAGUGCUACAGCAUCACCAACAGAGGAAACUCCUAAAUUGGGAGCCACAAGUAAGGACAACCAUGAUGAAACCUCCACUAACCAAGAGUGUACAGCAUAUGAAGACCUUCAAGAUGAUAAGCCUGUGCCCGAGAAAAGUCCUGAAAACAGCAGUGUGGUUACUGUUGAAAAGUUUGAGGAAACAGUUAUGGAUGAAAGCAUUUCAGUUUCCAUGGAUUUCUCUGAUGAUGAUGAUGAAAUGCCAAUUCUGUGCAAGCCAUUGUCACCACCACCAGAGUUGACAGCUGAUCUGGAAGAGAACAGUCCAAGAAGUGAAUCUCUUGACAUGCCAAGUGUGCCUCCUACAGAAUCUGCUACCUUGAAUAUCCUUGCACCAGCUGCAAUACCAGAGUGUCCUGUUCUUCAUCCUACUGUUCUUCCCCAAGCUGUCCUUUCUCCUGCUUCCCAACCAGCAACACCAUUGCUUGUAGCUCCUGACACAAAUAACAUAAUAAUGCCAGUUUUCGGGAACAUUCUUGUUCCCCACGUGGAUUUGGGCAGUUGUGGAAUGGUAGACCUCGCCACAGGUGUCCUACCUGGAGUGCAGCCAGAAGUGGUUCCACCUAAUGUUCCUGCUGAACUGCAACAAAAAGAUCUACACUCUGAGUAUGAGAAGUUCAUGGAACAGCUCAAUCUGGGCAGCUGCAUAGAAGUGGAGGUCUGCCAAGAGGAAGAGAUUCCACUGGAAGAAAGUGUUACUGUGGAAGCGAGUUCUGAUAAUCCCUCAGUGGAGAUAGUGGAAGAUGCAAACAGUGUGGAAGUGCCUACUCAGAAAGGUGAAAUGGAAGCUGUUGAUACUGUCAUGGUCAACAAAUACAAAAAAGAGGAGCCUCCUCCUCCCCCUCCAAGACAUUCACAGAAGAGAAAACAUAAGCAUACAGUGCACAUUCAGCAUGAGGUCCCUGACACUGCUCCGUCACCAACGAAGAAACCAGCAUUGUCAGCAGGAACGAGCAGCUCUCCAAAAGUGAACUCUUCUGCAUCAAGCAAUAGAGGGAAAGCAAGACCCAUCAUAAUCAAGGUUCAGGCUGACAAAGAACAUUCAGAUUCUGCUCAACUUGCAGAAGAACAAGAGCUGACAUCCUUGCAGUGCACUACAUCCGACCUGACAGAGGAACUGCAGGAGGAUUGUUUAGAAAAAGAAGUUCCUCUCAACCUAGUGGAGAUGCAGUCUUCUGGCGACAUGUUCCUGACUGUGCUCGAUACAGAAGACAUAUCCUUAGCUGCUAUCGAAGAAGUAGCAUGCACCUUGUCUGAAGAAGUGGAAACAAUAACCCCUGCAUUCGAUGGUGCCACCACAGAAAGAGAAGAAUCACCCCCACCUCCACCUCCGCCACCCAAGUCACUUUUACGAAAGCGAAGUGUGACUGUUGCUUCCGAAGAGGUGGCCCCCCCUCCGCCACCUCCUCCUCCUCCCCCACGACCUGCUCCCAAGUUGCUUGUUCUCCCACCGCCUCCAGCAGGAAUCCUCAUCCCUGCAGGAAGGGCAUCAACGUCAAAUGAUGCCAAGAAGACCGUCACUUUUGCUGAUGGCAUACCUCCAGGAAGAGACCCACCCACGUAUACCGACGCUGGUCCUAGCUCUCCGCCUCCUCCUCCUCCACCACCACCGAAGGAAAGGAGACAGCGAACAAAAGUGCAUGUUCAAGUGGCCACCAUUCCAGCAGUGAGCAACGACGAGGAGCCACCACCACCACCUCCACCACCUAAGAAGCCUCCAGCAGUGGCUGUUCAGCAACAGAGCACAGAAGCCGUGGCAUACCAACAGUUUCAGGUUCAAAUGCAGCCGUACUCAACGGCUGCAUAUGCUGUACCUUACGGGGCCUACCCUCAGGGUUAUGCGGUCAAUGUCCCGUAUCCCCCCACUGCAGCAUAUGCAUACGCUGCACCACCUCAGCAGCAGCAACCACAGCCACAACAGCUGUAUAGUGCACAGGCUGCUGCAUAUCAGUACCAUGUGGUGGCAGCACAGCCACACCAACCCAUGCCUCCACGACCACCAAUAUAGACAGGGCACUGUGAGCCACCUGUUGUGCAAGAAAGACUAACCAACAUCAUACUUGUUGUUGACUGUUUGAACAACGGUGCUGUGCACUAGUGGUGUUCUGAGGGUGCUAGGUAUGCAGAUGAUGUUCUCUCAGUGCUGUGCUAGCCUCUUGUUGUUAGGCCACGUUUAACUUUGUUUCACCGAACCGUCGCACAUUCAGUGUGCCCCGGUAUUUCAGCAUGUAAUUCAUGGCAUACAAUUCACACUUGAUAUGUACAUACACAUGAAUUUAUGGCCUCACUGAACAUGUUUGGAAAUAUCACAACAUGGGUUGUUUAUUGUCCAUGGAGUGAUGUGUGGGAGAAAUGCUUUUUCCUUUAAUACAUUGAAAUGCCUAUCGCCUGGAAAUUUUUAUUGUAGCAUAGAAAAAUAUCAGUUGAUGAGACCUAUGGGCAUGUUCAGAAGUGUGCUCGAAAUGUUAUCCUGUUAUUUUUGUGUAGGCUUAAAUCAGUAGGUUGUAAUUGGAAUGGAUUAUACUUCAAUGGUGCAGUAAGCUGUGUACAAAUUCAAGGACUACUUCAAGAGUCGCAAACGUAUUUUUUCUUUGACACAAAUGACUUAAGAUGUCUUGUCCGUUAUAUCUCCCCUUGUUGCCUCAGUGGAAGUUUCACCAUGGGACACUCUAGUGUGUAUUGCAUUGUACAGUUUUGUCUUGGCUCAUUUUUGUAUCAAUAGAAUAAACUGAACAUAUUCUGUGG